CCUCAACAUAGUGUCCCGAGUAUCGAACGAACUUCCCAAAUGUAACCCCUCCUUGGCGUAGGAAGGAGUCACUGCCAAAGUUUUUUUUUUUUUACGGAGAAAGGGAACUGUUGAUGAAGGCGAAUCCAGGCAGUCCCUCGAGAUGGUACUUAUGACCGAACAACCGGACAGAGACCUUACUCCGUUAUCUACACCAGAACAAGUUGUAAAGUCUGCCAAACCGGUCAGAAAAGAUUCGACGGGGAUCCAAUCGACGUAAGUUUGGAUGUUUUCAGUCCAGCGCAGCACAAAGCCGGGGGCCUAGUUAGCUCGCAAGUUAGCCAACUUUGCUAGCUAUCUAACUAGCUAACCACUUUUGUUAUUGAUGCAUAGCUAGCUAGCUAACAUUAGCUAGUUAAGUCCUUGCUUUUCCGACCUCUGUCGAUAAACUUAACGUUUAAUUUGGAAGCAACCUCACACGAAGUUUUGAUAGGUUGUGUAUUUUUUAUGCAGUUAUUUCUAUAACGCUAACGUUAGCUAGCAAGCGAACAGUGUUUUCAACUUUAAAGACAUGGAAUUGAAGAACUGAAGUUGACCUCGUCCCAAUGGAUUUUCCUCUUGUUGUCACUGUUUGUCUACCUAGCUACAGUUGAAGUUGGAAGUUUACAUACACUUAGGUUGGAGUCAUUAAAACUCGUUUUUCAACCACUCCACACAUUUCUUGUUAACAAACUAUAGUUUUGGCAAGUCGGUUAGGACAUCUACUUUGUGCAUGACACAAGUAGUUUUUCCAACAAUUGUUUACAGACAGAUUAUUUCGCUUAUAAUUCACUGUAUCACAAUUCCAGUGGGUCAGAAGUUUACAUACACUAAGUUGACUGUGCCUUUAAACGCUUGGAAAAUUCCAUAAAAUGAUGUCAUGGCUUUAGAAGCUUCUGAUAGGCUAAUUGAUAUCAUUUGAGUCAAUUGGAGGUGUACCUGUGGAUGUGUUUCAAGACCUACCUUCAAACUCAGUGCCUCUUUGCUUGACAUCAUGAAAAUAAAUCAGCCAAGAACUCAGAAAAAUAAUUCUAGACCACCACAAGUCUGGUUCAUCAUUGGCAGCAAUUUACAAACGCCUGAAGGUACCACGUUCAUCUGUACAAACAAUAGUACGCUAGUAUAAACACCAUGGGACCACGCAGCCGUCAUACCGCUCAGGAAGGAGACGCGUUCUGUCUCCUAGAGAUGAACGUACUUUGGUGCAAAAAGGGCAAAUCAAUCCCAGAACAACAGCAAAGGACAUUAUCCUAUAUCAACAUAACCUGAACGGCCGCUCAGCAAGGAAGAAGCCACUGCUCCAAAACCGCCAUAAAAAAGCCAGACAACGGUUUGCAACUGCACAUGGGGACAAAGAUCUUACUUUUUGGAGAAAUGUCCUCUGGUCUGAUGAAACAAAAAUAGAACUGUUUGGCCAUAAUGACCAUCGUUAUGUUUGGAGGAAAAAGGGGGUUGCUUGCAAGCCGAAGAACACCAUCCCAACCCUGAAGCACAGGGGUGGCAGCAUCAUGCUGUGGGGGUGCUUUGCUGCAGGAGGGACUGGUGCACUUCACAAAAUAGAUGGCAUCAUGAGGAAGGAAAAUUAUGUGGAUAUAUUGAAGCAACAUCUCAAGACAUCAGUCAGGAAGUUAAAGCUUGGUUGCAAAUGGGUCUUCCAAAUGGACAAUGACCCCAAGCGUACUUGCAAAAUGGCUUAAGGACAACAAAGUCAAGGUAUUGGAGUGGCCAUCACAAAGCCCUGACCUCAAUCCUAUAGAACAUUUGUGGGCAGAACUGAAAAAGUGUGUGCGAGCAAGGAGGCCUACAAACCUGACUCAGUUACACCAGCUCUGUCAGGAGGAAUGGGCCAAAAUUCACCCAACUUAUUGUGGGAAGCUUGUGGAAGGCUACCCAAAACGUUUGACCCAAGUUAAACAAUUUAAAGGCAAUGCUACCAAAUACUAAUUGAGCGUAUGUAAACUUCUGACCCACUGGGAAUGUGAUGAAAUAAAUAAAUGCUGAAAUAAAUCAUUUUCUCUACUAUUAUUCAGACAUUUCACAUUCUUAAAAUAAAUAGGUGAUCCUAACUGACCUAAGACAGGGAAUUUUUACUAGGAUUAAAUGUCCGGAAUUGUGAAACUGAGUUUAAAUGUAUUUGGCUAAGGUGUAUGUAAACUUCCGACUUCAACUGUAGAUAAAAUUUUUGCAAAUGCACAAUCAAGGUUAUUUGUCGUCAUUCUGAUGGGAUAGCGUUAUUGUUAACAUUUGACGUGUGGCACUGUUUGGUCUUAAAACGUAUUGUAUAAAUACGAGAAUUUCAUGUUAAUUUCUCUACCAUAAGCCCCUUCCAACGUCGUUUUAGAGAAUUUGGCAGUACGUCCAACCGGGCUCACAACCGCAGACUACAUGUAACCACGCCAAUACAGGACCUCCACAUCCGGCUUCUUCACCUGCGGGAUCAUCUGAGACCAGCCACCCGGACAGCUGAUGAAACUGUGGGUUUGCACAACCAAAUAAUUUCUGCACAAACUGUCAGAAACUGUCUCAGGGAAGCUCAUCUGCAUGCUUGUUGUCCUCAUCAGCGUCUUGACCGGACUGCAGUUCAGCGUUGUAACUGACUUUAGUGGGCAAAUGCUCACCUUUGAUGUCUACUGGCACGCUGGAGAAGUGCGCUCUUCACAGAUGAAUCCUGGUUUCAACUGUACAGAGAAAAUGGCAGACAGUGUGUAUGGCGUCGUGUGUGCGAGCGGUUUGCUGAUGUCAACAUUGAGAACAGAGUGCCCCAUGGUGGUGGGGUUAUGGUAUGGGCAGGCAUAAGCUACGGACAACAAACACAAUAGCGUUUUAUCGAUGGCAAUUUGAAUGCACAGAGAUACCGUGACGAGAUCCUGAGGCCCAUUAUCGUGCCAUUCAUCCGCCAUCAUCACCUCAUGUUUCAGCAUGAAAUGCACAGCCCCAUGUCGCAAGGAUCUGUACACAAUUCCUGGAAGCUGAAAAUGUCCCAGUUCUUCCAUGGCCUGCAUACUCACCAGACAUGUCACCCAUUGAGCAUGUUUGGGAUGCUCUGGAUCGAUGUGUACGACAGCGUGUUCCAGUUCCCGCCAAUAUCCAGCAACUUCGCAUACAGCCAUUGAAGAGGAGUGGGACAACAGGCCAUAUGCCGCAACCAACAGCCUGAUUAACUCUAUGCGAAGGAGAUUUGAUGCGCUGCAUGAGGCAAAUGGUGGUCACACCAGAUACUGACUGGUUUUCUGAUCCAUGCCCCUACCUUUUUAAAAAGAUAUCUGUGACCAACAGAUGCAUAUCUGUAUUUCCAGACAUGUGAAAUCCAUAGAUUAGGGUCUAAUUAAUUGAUUUAAAUUGACUGAUUUCCUUAUAUGAACCGUAACUCAGUCAAGUCUUUAAUUGUUGCAUUUUAUAUUUUCGUUCAGUGUAGCUUGCUAGCUAAGGUUGACAGCAGUGAUAAUGGUUGAAUGCGUUUUAAUGUAUGGUUUUCAAAGGUUAAUAAAGAUUGUAUGACUUCAUUAACUAAAAUUUACUGCGAUUUCCAAAAACUACAGGCUACAUUGGUAAAUGUGCAAUAUCAAUGGUCAGCCAGAUUUGAUCCUCUUUUUGAAAGAGUUUGAAUGGGGAUUUUGUUAAAUGAUUUCCCCAUGAUAAGUAGCUAGUUGAAUCAAUGUCCAUGUUCAUAAAGAAGGAAAAUCUAUUAUACUUCUACUGACUGUGUUGUCCAACAUCAAAAGGUGCCAGGUCUCUGUAUUACUUCUGCCCUGCUGUUUUCAACCCCAUAAUUUGAGGCUAAACGUUUUAAUAAUAUAUCUCUACAGGUAUGAAGGGAGAAACAACCCGAGUUUAGCUUGCUACUAUAUAUCAUGUUUGACUGUCACAAUACUAUGUCCAGGUCUGAGGCAGCAAAUGGAGGAGAGGACAGGCCCAGGAGGAGUGCCAGUGGGAGGUCUGCUGGGGACACUCAGGUGUCAGUGGACACUGAGUCAGACCUCUCAGAGAUCAGGAAGAAACCGGCCCUCAUGAAGUGAGACUUCUAGAUACCAUACAUCAUGUAUUAUGUGUAAUGAUGUGAAUGUGGUAAAAUGGUCAACUGUCUGCUCUAGCACACAGGGUGCACAUUUUUGUUUUAGCCCAGCACUGACAUAUUUGAUUAAACUAAUCUCCAAGCCCCUUCUUAGUUUAGUGUCCGUAGAUUAGUUGACCAAGUGAGUUAGUGCUGGUCUAGAACAAAAAUGUGCCCCACCUGUGGAUCCCCGUAGGGAUGGAGAAACAAUGCUUUAGCCAAUGUUGUGAUACCAUACAUGUGUGAGGUUUUGAAACUUGGAAAUAUAGAUUACCAACUAUCGGUAAUGCUUGAUCACAAUCGAUGGUGCUAGAACACAGUUUUAUGUUAUUGAUUAAUACAUCCGACUGCACUGUCUGGGGCUGUUAUGUGAUCCACACCUGGGUCGAAUUCAUUAUGCACAAAUCAGGAGAAACUGUUUUGAAACGGGAGGUUCUACUUGCGCUUGACUAAGAAGAGCUAAUUCGUUUUCCAUUUCAAAACAUUUUGGCCUGUUUUGUGACCUGCAGAAGCUUGGCCCAGUAGUGUGUUGACGAACCUUGAUGUUGCUAUAUAAACAACACACUUUACAUAACCAUGCUGCAAGGGAUGUGGCUGUCUGUCCCCAUGGGAGUUGCUCGUCCUUUUGUCUGCUGUAGACCUAGGGGAACAAUAUUUAACUUCAAUGGGAGUCAAAGUGGAUGUGUCAUUGACAGUAAGAACUUAGCCAAGUCAACUUGUUUUGGACUAUUCUAUUGAAGUUGUCUGUCUACAUGAUUGUUUUUGUACCAAGCACUUGCUAUAUGGGUUGCUACUGUGCUUAUGUGUGUAAAUCUUGUCCCCUUUUUCAGAUUUAAAGCUGUGGAGCUGCCUUCCCCAAUGCAAACUCCAAGUGACGGUGAAACUAAGUUUGAAGGAAGAAAGAAAUCCCAGUCCAGCCAGGUGUGUUUAUACUGUAUAUCGGGCCACCCACACAAUCACAUUUUCCAUUGGUCUCCACAAUGUGUGUAUGUUUGUUUAGAAUUAGCAUAAUGGCUUAGCAGCCGACUUGCAAAACUAGAAUUGUGUUUCACAUUUUCCAUUGGUCUCCACAAUGUGUGUUUUCAAACCUUUCCCAGGCGAGCCAUUGACAUCUGAGCUCACACUUGUAUUUUGUGAGUAAAGGUAUCUUGACCAAGUUAAAGGUGCAAUAUGCAGAACUCACGCUGCCAUUUCCUGGUUGCAAAAAUUAUAACGGUUUCUCUAAUUUCAGUUUAUGUGACAAAACAAGCAGCCAUUGUGUAGAGAAUCAUUGUACCAUCUAAACCGCUGUGAAAUAUAUUUUCCAUAUCCAAAAAUACUGCAUUUUCAGCUGUGAAGCUGGGGUACAAAACGGAAAGUAAAAGAUCCAAAAACUAAACUUAAAAAAAUAGGAAGCAUAGAAAGUGUGCACAUAGAACAUAUCUACCGCUUCUUAGCCUUGCUUUCAAUGAGUGACAGAUCUGUAACUUACAUUUCUAUGUGAAUUUGGUCAGGUCGCCCAAAAAGUUACAUUGUAGCUUUAAGUCUACACAACCCUAAUGAUUUUCGAAUGGAUGCACAUAUUUGACAUUACCUAGUUGCACAUGCACCUCAAUAUCAAUGGGUUUGUUCAUUUGGAAAGGGAGGUAAAGAAAGUCAUACAUUUAAAAAUGUCACAUUUGUCAACAUUUGGAUGUAUUGUCUUCUCUUGCAGAUAUCCAAGUCAAAUGCCCAGUACCAUAAAAUAUUCAAAGAAAUCAGCAAGGAUGAGUUACUGAAACAAAGUAGGUGGGGUAGUCUUCAAUGAAAUGAAUAUUACAAAUCCAUAGGGUGACUAUUUCCCCAGUUUCCUCUUGUUUAUAUAUAUAUAUAUUACAAAAAAAAAACAUAAGACUUGCAUUCUUGUCAUUUGUGCAGAAUAGAUUUUGCCUGACAUCCUCUGAUAUGUCUCUUCUCAGGUUAUACCUGUGCACUGCAGAAAGACAUGCUGUAUCAGGGCAAAAUGUUUGUCUCUGAUAACUGGAUAUGUUUCCACUCCAAAGUCUUUGGCAGAGAUACUAAGGUACAGUAUAACAAUGGAAUACUAUACAGUCAUUACUCCUUCAGAUAAAUGCAGUUUUUCAGUCUCAAUUGAAUAAAAAUAGUUGUUCCUGAUAACUGCAAGCCCCAGUUUAGUGCACACAUUAUCAUUACAAUUCUGAGCCGUUGCAUUUAUCAGGAGUUGACUUUACUACUAUUGAACUGAAAGUUGUAGCCCAGGAGGUGUGUUUCACUGACUCGGUGUCAACAGAUUUGCUAUAAAGGUUUUAAAUAAUACUUUUUAUUGACUUUCUCUCCUUGCUGGUAUUUUGCCUGGUCUCUAUGAAGAGGUUCAAACAAGACAUUCACUGAAAUAUAGUUGACAUAAAAUAAUGUUUGCUUUCACUUUCCCUUCUUUCCCAGAUUGCUAUUCCCGUACUCUCUGUGACUCUUAUCAAGAAGACAAAAACUGCCAUCUUGGUGCCAAAUGCACUCGUUAUCACAACCACAAACAAGCGGGUAAGACCAGUUUUAAUUUGUAGAUAUUCAAUCGUCAGGUUUGGUCUUAAUUAAUAACACUUAAUAAUAAUAUUAUUAUUGUCAUUAUAAUUCAUUAUUUGAAAUAUGUUUUCCAGCAUGUAUUUGCAUCAUUCCUAUCCCGAGAUACAACCUAUAAACUUCUGAAAUCCAUCUGCGUUCAUCUGGAUGUAAGUUCAUCCUCCUUGUCCUCUUUUCUUUAAUGCAUUGUUGUGACAUUUUAAAUAGUCUUAUUUAGUGCUGUAUUACAGACAACAUUAGCACUGAGGUUAAACAUGUUCUUUCUGUUAUCAUAAUACUGUAUUAUACUGCAACAGGGACUUUUCAAUAGGGCUGUGACUAUACCAGUAUCAAAGGAUUUUCUUUCAUGCCAAAAAUGAAAACACGAAGCAGACCAAACUCGUUGGUCCUUUAAAAACCUGCUGUAUGUAAAAUAUUGUGUGCUAUAGCAUGGAAAAAAUAAAUGUGACUGGAUGAUGUUUGUUUCCAACAUUAGGGCUGUUUUCCUAGAGAAGUUAAAUACGCUUUGUGUUUUGUUUCUUUGCCACGAUACUGAUGAGUAUUGCGAUACUGGUAUCGUACCGGCCCUACUUUUCAAGUCUAACUCAUUGAACACCAUUGUAGGGGGACAAUACAGGGAACAGCCUCAUUACUUCCUCUGCUGAGAACAGCUUCAUAGCUGAUUGUCCCUCGUCACUUCCUCUGGUCAGUACUGAGACUGUUGCCUUUCUCCUUUCUCCCAACUCUUCUUCUUAAUGACCAUACAGCAAAGGGUGUGUGUGUUGUAAUGGUUCUACUGUACCCUCUGUGUCUGGACAAAGUUUCAUUUCUAUUCAAUAAUGUUUUUAUUUCAAUGGGAUCAUCUGUAUGGACAAAAUGAACGUAAAUAUUCUGUGUAUAGGAUUUAUCUGGAGACUUCUCAGACCUGGAUGGGGUUGUGUGCCAGAGGAGGCAAGCCAUGCUGGAGACCAGCAGCUCAGGCUCCCAGACCCCAGACUAUGAGAAAAUGACGGGUGGGUUCUCUCUUUAUGAUGGCAGGGGUGUCCAACCCUCCCCCUUGUGAAAAACAAGACAAUCAUCAUACACACAGACAGACGGAUGCAACAUCAUAGAGACAGAAAUAAACCUUAAGAGAUGGUGAUUAGAAGCUGUAUACCCUUCCAUGAGUAGAGAGAAAGAAAGGAGAGAAAGGAAUUGACCCUGAGUAUGGAGUCUUAUCUAUGCAGCUUAACAAACAGCAGUACUCUCACAGCUUCCAAUAGCCUAAUAGAUGAGUUCUUAUUGAGUCAUGAGUUGGACUGGGCUUUCAGUUAGUUCAGCUUCUCUGCCCAGACACAGCAGUAGCCAAACUUGUACUGUACAGGCUCACUUUGUCUUGUAGCCUGUAGGCCUAAGAGUUCAACUGUAUUUAAAGACAUGAUUUACUUUUUACAUGUUGAUACAGUCAUGAUUCUAUGGUUUGUUUAAGCAAAUCAAUAACGUCUAUUUAAAAAAGUAAUCCAUUAAUUGGCUAAAGGUCCCCGGGACCACCCAUACACAAAAAUGUAUGCGCGCAUGACUGUAAGUCGCUUUGGAUAAAAGCGUCUGCUAAAUGGCUUAUUGUUAUUAUUAUAAUAAUUUUAAUGGUAGGUUUAUUUGAACAGUGAGAGACAGAAUAACAACAAAAAAAUCCUGAAAAACGCAUGUCAAAUUUGUUAAAACUUGAUAUGCAUUUUAAUGAGGGAAACAAGUAUUUGACCCCUCUGCAAAACAUGACUUAGUACUUGGUGGCAAAACCCUUGUUGGCAAUCACAGAGGUCAGACGUUUCUUGUAGUUGGCCACCAGGUUUGCACACAUCUCAGGAGGGAUUUUGUUCCACUCCUCUUUGCAGAUCUUCUCCAAGUCAUUAAGGUUUCGAGGCUGACGUUUUGCAACUCGAACCUUCAGCUCCCUCCACAGAUUUUCUAUGGGAUUAAGGUGUGGAGACUGGCUAGGCCACUCCAGGACCUUAAUGUGCUUCUUCUUGAGCCACUCCUUUGUUGCCUUGGCCGUGUGUUUUGGGUCAUUGUCAUGCUGGAAUACCCAUCCACGACCCACAUCUCAGGAGGGAUUUUGUUCCACUCCUCUUUGCAGAUCUUCUCCAAGUCAUUAAGGUUUCGAGGCUGACGUUUUGCAACUCGAACCUUCAGCUCCCUCCACAGAUUUUCUAUGGGAUUAAGGUGUGGAGACUGGCUAGGCCACUCCAGGACCUUAAUGUGCUUCUUCUUGAGCCACUCCUUUGUUGCCUUGGCCGUGUGUUUUGGGUCAUUGUCAUGCUGGAAUACCCAUCCACGACCCAUUUUCAAUGCCCUGGCUGAGGGAAGGAGGUUCUCACCCAAGAUUUGACGGUACAUGGCCCGUCCAUCGUCCUUUUGAUGCGGUGAAGUUGUCCUGUCCCCUUAUCAGAAAAACACCCCCAAAGCAUAAUGUUUCCACCUCCAUGUUUGACGGUGGGGAUGGUGUUCUUGGGGUCAAAGGCAGCAUUCCUCCUCCUCCAAACACGGCGAGUUGAGUUGAUGCCAAAGAGCUCGAUUUUGGUCUCAUCUGACCACAACACUUUCACCCAGUUCUCCUCUGAAUCAUUCAGAUGUUCAUUGGCAAACUUCAGACGGGCCUGUAUAUGUGCUUUCUUGAGCAGGGGGACCUUGCGGGCGCUGCAGGAUUUCAGUCCUUCACGGCGUAGUGUGUUACCAAUUAUUUUCUUGGUGACUAUGGUCCCAGCUGCCUUGAGAUCAUUGACAAGAUCCUCCCGUGUAGUUCUGGGCUGAUUCCUUCUCAUGAUCAUUGCAACUCCACGAGGUGAGAUCUUGCAUGGAGCCCCAGGCCGAGGGAGAUUGACAGUUCUUUUGUGUUUCUUCCAUUUGCGAAUAAUCGCACCAACUGUUGUCACCUUCUCACCAAGCUGCUUGGCGAUGGUCUUGUAGCCCAUUCCAUCCUUGUGUAGGUCUACAAUCUUGUCCCUGACAUCCUUGGAGAGCUCUUUGGUCUUGGCCAUGGUGGAGAGUUUGGAAUCUGAUUGAUUGCUUCUGUGGACCGGUGUCUUUUAUACAGGUAACAAACUGAGAUUAGGAGCACUCCCUUUAAGAGUGUGCUCCUAAUCUCAGCUCGUUACCUGUAUAAAAGACACCUGGGAGCCAGAAAUCUUUCUGAUUGAGAGGGGGUCAAAUACUUAUUUCCCUCAUUAAAAUGCAAAUCAAUUUAUAACAUUUUUGACAUGCGUUUUUCUGGAUUUUGUUGUUGUUAUUCUGUCUCUCACAGUUCAAAUAAACCUACCAUUUUAAAUUAUAGACUGAUAAUUUCUUUGUCAGUGGGCAAACGUACAAAAUCAGCAGGGGAUCAAAUACUUUUUUCCCUCACUGUACAUCAAUGAGAGAGCCAAAUAUCCUUUCACCUGUUCACUGCAUAUGCUUAUUGGAAGGCUGAGUGUAACACAGGUGGUUCGGUGAGCCACACUCACAUGAGGAGUAAUCUUGCCUGAGUCCUGAAGACUCAUCUUAACUCCUCGAGUGAAUGCCUAGGCUUUAGCUCAGUGGGCUAACAUGGUUUAGUUUGCGUGCAGGCGACCCGGACUCGAUACCAAUUAACAAGACCACAUCUGAUAAUGUUGGUAGUUAGGCAUGUUGAAUUGAAAGGAAAUUAGUUCAAAUAUUUAACAAGCUGUGGUGUUCAGAGAGCAUUCUGUGUUUGUUUGUGCAGAGUUCCCUAGCAUCCCAGACACGUUCCUGAGCGCGGGGAAGAACGGCGAGGUGGCGGUGCACGCAGACGUCCACCUCCAGACCCCCAACCAAAAGCACGGAGCCGCUCACCAGAAUGGUAUGAGGCCCCCUUACGCAUGAGCGUGGCGCAAUGGAAACAGCUAGACUCUGUUAAAUAGUUCUGCAUUCUUUCUGCCUGGUAUCCUAAGGGUUGGCAUCCAUAAUUUUCCAGAGUGAAUGGAAUCUGAAAAGUAGAACAUAAUAUAUUAUAAACAUGAAUAGAAGGAUAAGAUCUUAAAGAUGUAGUUCUGCAAGUGUUAAUUAAGAUUUGUUUAGCUUCGUCUUUUGGGAUUUAAGUCCGGCCCUCUGUUGCUGACCUGUGCACUAAUCCUGUCUCAUCUGUAGGGCCGACCAAGCCUGCCCAGGGGGUUGUACACAAAGUGAAAUCACUACAGCCAGUGUCGUUGAACACCCUUCUACUCAUCUAUUUGUUCCUGUGAGUAUCAUCUCAUUAUGAGUCAUAAGGGGGUGUCAAGGCCAUCUGACAAGUUUUGUAGCUAAUCUAAUCAUUUCACUUGUCGCCAGGCAUGUCAAAACAAGUUAAGUGAACUGGGCGUUUUGUCCUGCCUUGGGUGUUAACUUGGUUGUGGGAUUGUGACUGUUUGUGUUGUGUGGGAGAUGAUUCAACAAUGGGAGUUGAAUUGGAAAUACUUGUUUCUUAUUGAAAGCCAACGGGUUCCUGUUGAUUCCAGCCCUCAUCGGAGUGCAUGACGUGUUUGUGUUGUCUUCGCAGAGUUAGUGUCCUUGUCUUGUCUUCGUGUUACAUGGCCUUCAAGAUUGUGGCUCUUGAGAAGCGGCUGAACUCGUUGAGUUCCGUGGGGGAGUAUGCACGCAACGAGUAAGAGCUGCCACUAAACACUCACAACAGCUUUGUCUGAGAUAACAGAGCAGCAAUGGGAAUUAGUUAUCAGAUUAACAAUUGCAUUGCAAUGAGAAUCCAGUCCUAGUAACCCUGGUAUACAGUAGAUUGUGUUAUAACGCAUGAUAAACCUGGAAUUUGACAACACAAACUGUUGGAAAUCCCGAAGAAUGACUUGGUCAGUCAAGAAACUAAUUCUUUAUCAUGUUAUGAAUAUGUGUAUUGUGUAAUAUGCAUGUUUUGAUGUAACUUUUCCAAAAAUUUCCUGACUUUUCCAUAGAAAGGUGUAAACCCACUUCUGUUAAAAAUCCAUACAAUUGAAGUGUUAAUUGCUUUAGGUGUUCAAUUUAAAGGCUAUUUUACAAUUCGUAAAUGUAUUCUAAUGACGGGAUAGAGUAAAAUGGACCUUUUGCAUUUGUGGUCUUUCAUUUGCAUCUUGCCAUAGGAAUGAGCUGAAACUGAAUUCACCUGGAUUCACACAUGAUGGCUAAUUCAGAGCAUAUUUUGUUUCAGAAACGUUGUGCAUCACAGAUCACAGGACGACUUUAAUGCAGAAAUCUAUGGGGAGCUGUCUACAAACCUGUUCAAGCUAGAAAAGGUUUGUCGUCUUGCCGAAAGACAGUGUCAACAUCUGCUCACUGUUUGCUACUCCCAAAAGAAGUUUAAUUAAAGUUCACUUUUUGGGAGUAGUUACUAGUCUAGCUUGUCCGUGUUUGCCCAGCUCUUGUGCCAUGCUUGAGUGUGUGUGUGUGUAAAUACUCUUUCAUUGUCACCUCACCACUCUCCAUGAAACUGCUCAAACAUGCCACACAGCGCCAUGGAAUUGCUCAAACAUGCCACGCAGUCAGCUCUGUUACUGAGCUAACAGCUACUCAUUAAGUGGGACAAUAGCUCUGCUUUCCCAAUUACAUAUUUUGUAUGAACCAUUCUCCACUUGGUUACAUAAUGGGAGCUUGUUGGGGAUUGUCAAAAGUGGCCAACGUGAGAGUGUUCUCUGCUCAUCAGCCUCUCAUGCAUGCUAUUGUUUUGAGGUGUGUUUUAUUAAUUCAGUGCAUGUUUUAACCUGUCAAUAAUCCUACCAAACCAGAUUCAGAGAAAUCUCCGUAAACUACUUGAAGAGACCUGACUGAAGGACCCGUCUGUCGCCUCGCUGGACGGAAGUGGCGCCUUCAUAAAACGCUGGUGAAAACACUGCAGAUCUGAUCGGCAAUCUGUUACCAAAUAACAGACGGCCACUUUGGAAAAUAGACAAUUUCUUAAUUGUGCAAUAGCAGUAUCUUCCUUCUCUCUCUACUCAGGACAAAACCUAUUAUUUUGUAUCUGAUAGCAUGCCAGAGUAAUCAAGACAUUUCAGCAACUGUAGCUAGUUUGGCCUGAAUCCUAACUUGAAACUCAUGCGCUUAAUAAUGCUGAAUUCCGCUUAUAGGGGCAAUCUGCAGUUGCUACAUUCAUUUUGGACU